AAGCAAUGACUCGCCCAUAUCUCUCUGUUAGGGCUAUUCUGGUCCAUUUCCUUUUCAUACUCCAGCUCGUGAGCAGCCAAGUUAUAUCCUUCGAUGAAGGAGAUCUUUUGCUUGGGGCUAGGGACAACGCAGCAACGAUCGUGGUCCUGGAGAAUGAAAUAAAAGGAGUUGUUCGCGCUGCUCAGGAUCGCGCUUUAGAUUUUGGCCGUGUCCUCGGCACCAAUGGCACCCUUGUGCAAGGAGAUACCGUCAGAAAUAGCAAUCAGCAGGUGGUUGUCAUCGUGGGAACCAUUGGAAAUUCGACAGUCAUCGACAAGCUCGUCGACAAGGGCAAGAUCAACAUCUCAAAGGUACAGGGGAAGUGGGAGUCCUACAUUCAAGCCGUAGUUGAUGAUCCGCUCCCUGGCAUCUCACAUGCCUUCGUCAUCGCCGGCAGCGACAAACGGGGUACUAUCUACGGAAUCUACGACAUAUCAGAAGCAAUCGGGGUUUCUCCAUGGUACUGGUGGGCGGAUGUUCCCCUGCUCCUCCGGUUGAAGGCAAAUUAUCUCUGGCCUGGAAUGAAAAGGAAGGAGGCGUUUUAUCUCGACGAUGAAGAUGAUGGUAGGAUUGCACACGAGUAUGGCAUUUUCAUGGGCACUAGUCAUCAUGAGCCCAUGGCAAAGACCUACUAUGAACAGCAGUACCGAUUCGAAGGCCCAUGGGACUGGAGUGAAAACUAUGGCAACGUGGUCGAGUUCAUGAGAGAUGGGGUGAACCGGACCAAGGACUGGGAUACGCUGUAUACAUUGGGAAUGCGAGGGGAUGGGGAUCAAGAAUCGCCAGCGUUAACGUCGUCUCAGCUGGAGGAGAUCAUACAGACGCAGCAGGACAUGAUCGAGGAGCUCACCGGCAAAGAACUCAAGGAUGUACCGCAAACCUGGUCCUUAUACAAGGAAGUGGGACGCUACUGGCAGGCAGGAAUGAAUGUCUCUGAUCUGGUUACAUUGAUGUGGGCUGACGACAAUUUUGGAAACCUGCUUCGUGUGCCUUGGGCCAACGAGACCGACCGACCGGGCGGCGCAGGAGUCUACUACCACUUUGGAUACGUAGGAGAUCCUCGAAACUACGAGUGGAUCAGCACUGUUCAGCUGGUCAAAACCUGGGAGCAAAUGCAUCUUGCCUACGAAAAGGGGGCUAGGGAGAUUUGGAUCGCUAAUUCUCAGGAUAUCAAACCCUAUGAGAUUCCAACGAACCACUUCCUCGACAUGGCCUAUGACAUGAGCAAAUUCCAGAAUCCCGAAAGCACUACCGAGUGGCUGAAGGCAUGGGCAAAGCGUGAAUUCGGCAGUGGCAUCGAAAGCGCCACGGCCGAAAUCCUGAACAUCUACGGCCGAUUAGUCGUCCGGAGAAAGUAUGAGACCCUUUCCAUGAUGCCUUUCGCAUACCACGUUUUGAACUACGACGAGGCCGAGAACGUGCUACAGGAAUGGGAGGACCUACUCGACCAAGCCCGGCGUGUUCACGACAGCCUUGACCAACCGACCCGAGAUGCGUUCUACGAGCUCGUCCUCCACCAAGUCUUAGCGGGCAAAUACGUCCAGGAAAUCUACAUCGCAACACACCUGGGCUGGCUCUACAAGAACCAAAAAAGGGCCAGUACAAACCGCCUCGCCGCCCAGGCCCGCACUGCCUUUGCCAACGACGCCGCCACGUGUUGA